AUGUCUCACGUCGCUCAUGCCGUGGAGACCUCCAAAACGUGGACUCGAGAUGGCUUUAUGAUAUCCACGGAUACAGCGCUGAUACCAAUCGACACUCUUAACAAAGCCUUUGCCUCGGAGGAUAUGUAUUGGGCUUCACCACUUCCCGAACCAGUCAUGCGGGAUAUGCUGGAUAACUCCAUCUGCUUUGGCCUUUACUCACCCACGCCGGCACCACCUCCGGCAGCGGAACCGAGUCAAGAAGGCACCGGUGUGGCGGCGGCCCCUGACCCUGCGGAAACGUUGCAUGAGAUCGCGACAUCCGUUAAACCAGGCGUUAACAGCAAUCCCACAGCCACAGCCCAUGCAGAAGGGCCAGUAGGAACAACAGCGCGAGAGGAACAGGGCCCUUCACUGAUUGGUUUCGCCCGUUGCAUCACCGAUCGCGUCAGUCUUCUCUAUCUGACCGAUGUGUACGUCCAGCCCGAGUGGCAGGGCCGGGGCUUGGGGAAGUGGCUCAUCAGCUGUGUCCAAGAAGUCGUCGAAGACAUGCCCUAUUUGAGACGGAGUUUGUGCAUUAUUGGCCAUGACAAGGAGAGGAGCAUGGAGUUUUACGGCAGGUUGAUGAAGAUGACGCCAGUUCAGGAGCCCGUAGCUGUGCUCAAUUGGAAGGGCCCAGGGAACACGUUCUAA